AUGGCUCAACCGAACUCGAACGAAUCCAAUAACCUUGAGCCUCUGUCAGCCCAGGAGCCGGUCGAAAGCAAUGUGUCCCAGCCCCUUCUCUCAGCACAGGAGCCUAGCAAAAGUGACGCGUACGAACUCCUCAGACACUGGCUCACUGGCAACAACAUUCCACGCCCUCGCUUCAAGAAUGCGUGCAGUAUGUGGAAAUCGACCUGUAUCAACGAUAUUGAGGCUGGCGCUCGCCGAGUCAUGUUAGACAAAUUGCUUCCUGGGAAGAAACUCGGCACAGUACGGGAUCAGGUAGCAAGAACCAUGUUCGAGAGGCUGCCGCCGGAGACGAAGGGCCAGUGGGAGAAACUGGCGAAGGAGGAGCAUGAGAAGGCGCUGGAGAGGUGGAAGAACGAGGUGGAAGGCCCGCUUUCGACGGACCCGGCGGAUCGUCAACAGUGUAUUGAGAAGAUUGGUAGACUCAUGCAGCCAAUCCUCGAUCAUCUGUGCGAAGGCACCGGUUUCUGUGCAACGUUGAUCUGCGGAGGGCCUGAACCGUCAACUAAAAGUUAUCUGUGUGCACUCAGGAACGACGUCCGGCGACGUAAAAACGAACUUCGGUCGUUCAGAACGCGAAGCAUACGAGCGGCACUUUCUCCCCGUAUUUCGAAACUUUUUGCGAACCAACUACAGUCAGUACAAGCACCCAUAGUCGUCUUCCUGCUGCUCAUGCUUCGGACAGGUCCACAGGAGUGCCAUUCUCGCGCAUUGCCUACUAGGAACACAUUCAAACCAAUGGAAUCUUCUGUAAUGGAAGGCGAAAUAAACAUCAACACUAUCGACCUACCCAAAAAUAUUAUGCCGCUAUACCCAGCCCCGCCAGCGACGGCAUCAACUCCAAUCCCUUCAACGGAGACCCCUUCGCUCAUAUCUCAUCCUGACGGAUCUGUUUUUCACUUAGAAGACACCCAUGCCGCGUCAAAUGCUCCGCUUAUCAGCCCGCCGCCCAAUUUUCCCUCUCUUCUCGAGGCGCCAUGGGAAACAUCUCCACUGUCAACACCUUCGCUCGCUCGCUCUCCUCCGCCUCCGCUUCCAGUCCUCGUUGAAUCCUCAGAAACCUCCUUCGCGACACCUGUUAUUCAUGCCUCAGCUGCUUCACCUCGUGUAGUUACACCUGCCAAUGCAUGCGAAGGAAAUUCGUUCGUCAGUGCUGUUCCGCCUCAGGAUGAAGUUUCAGUAUCUCUUCGUCACCAGUCGUCGUUCAAAGAUUCGAACACGAGCGGCGAUCCAUUUGGAGACACGGUCGCCCUCGGGUCGACGUUCUUGGGCAACAGCAGCGCCUUCGGGCUCGAUGGCGCUGGUGUUAGAUCUCAUUCGACUUUCGAAUCCCACGAACUGAAGGAAGGAGAAGGCGAGCCAAGCACGGGCCAGGAUAAACAACUUUUCAAAAGGCCUCUCGAGGACACCGACUCCAUGUCUAACUCCAGCGCGAAACGUGCUCGACGAUCAACGUCGAUGCCGACCGACUUGGACUCCAAACACGUUGAACCACCACCCGAUGCGCCUGCAUGGCUGCCACCUGCCCUGUCCAUGCUACAACAAAAUGAUCUAGGAGAUGAAUGGGUCUCGCUCGUGGGCGCUUGGCUUGCCUUCGAGGUCCAAUCUAAAUACGAACACGUCGCCAACCUCAGCGCCAUCCACCGCCCUCCUGCUGUGCGCGACUGGAUUCAGCGUGCGCGUCUGCCGGCGUGGAGACCCAACAUACCCAACAUCAACAAGUACGCGGCAAAGUUUUGGAUGUGGUGGGCGGUUCUGCAACCCCGUUGGCGCGUGAAUGAGGAUGGGGAAGUGGUCACCAGUGCAGUCGAUGGCGACUGGGAGCAACUCAGACGCCCGGGGGUUAAUGGGCUCUUAAGUGUACUUGCCUCGCUGUUCUUUUGGGGGGUGGCGGUGAAGGGAAAACGUGAGGCGACGGAAAAGUGGCUUGUGGCUGUGCAGGAUGUUCGACUUACCGUCGAUAAAACCAAUCUCGAUUCUCCCUCAGCACAGGAGCCGGGCGAACGCAACGCGUAUCAACUCCUUAGGCACAGACUUACUGGCGAGAGUAUUCCACGCCCUCGUUUGAAGAAUGCAUGCACGCUGUGGAGAAAGACUCGGCGCGACGACAUAGCAGCUGCCGCUCGCCGAACCUUAGCUGGGGAAGGCAUUCCUGCGAAGAAACUCGUUGCAGCACGAGACCAGGUGGCAAGGGCCAUGUUCGAGAGGCUACCACAGGAUACGAAGGCCUGGUGGGAAAAGAUGGCGAAGGAAGAGCACGAGAAGGAAUUGGAGAAGUGGAAGAAGGAGGUUGAGGGCCCACUUUCGGAGGUCCCAGAGGAUCGUCAGCUGUGCAUUGAACACAUUGUUGAACUCAUGCAACCCAUACUCGACCUUAUGUGCGAAGGUACCGGUUUCUGUGCUACCUUGAUGUGUGGAGGGCCGGAACCCGCAAAUGGAGGACGACUGAAAGUCAUCGGGUAUGAUGUUCCUUUCGUUCAAAUGUCGGGUACCAAAGACUGCCAUUCGCGUGCAUUGCCUUCUGGGUACACUUUCAGCGCGGAAGAAGGGAUAAAUGUCGACACCAUUGACUUUCUCGAAGACAUAAUACCCCAAUACAUAAUCACGCCGGCAGUAGCAUCAUCUGGGGCUCCUUCUGCCAAGAAUCCUGCGUUCGUCCCCGGCAUCGACAUACCUACUUCUGCUUUCGACAACAUCGGGAGUGUGCAAAAAUUACCAUUCAACGAAUCAGGAAUGUAUUCGCUUCCCAAUCUAUCAUGGGCAAUGUCGCCCAUGUCGAGCUUGACGCCUUCUCCGUCUCGCUCUCUAUCACCGCCUCCUCUGUCUCCGUCCUUGAAAUUCUCCGAAUCCCACUUUGCGAUGCCUUCUGUUCAUGCCUCUGCUGCUUCAUUUCGGAUAAUCGCGCCUCCUCCCGACGCGUGUGAAGGGCGUUCGUUUCUCACCACGGCCGCUAUGGUUCGGCCUCGGGAUGAAGCUCCAACUACUCUUGGUCCUGAGUCAGCGGUCGAGAUAUUGAAAGUGACUACUGAUGAAUUUGGAGAUGGGGUACCCCUUGGGCUAACCUCAUUCCGCAAUGGAAGUGACCCGGCAGUCGAAGAUGACUUCAAGACAUCGAACGUCGAACUUCCUGUAGGCGCAUACGAAGAGGAUUUAUCUGUCAGCGCUAUUCCGCCUCAUCAUGAAGUUUCAGCGGCUGGUCCCCAAUCUGUGUCAGAGAAAGCGAACGAGAUCAGCGACACAUCCAGGGACGAGAUAGCCCUUGGGGCACUCCCAUCGAGCCGCGGAACCGAUCCCAUGCCUGCCAGUGACAACUCUGAGAUAUCCAAUGUAGCGUCCAAAUCUCGUGUAAGAGACGGCGGGGGCGUCUCCGUCACCAGCAGCCAUGAAAAAACUUCAAAAAGGCCGCUCGAAGACGCCGACUUAAUCUCAGCUUCCAGCGCGAAACGUGCUCGAACACCACCAUCGACGCCAACCGAACCAAACUCCAAGCACAUUGAGCCACCGCCAGAUGCGCCUGCAUGGCUGCCACCCGCCCUGUCCAUGCUCCAGCAAGGUUCUCUCGGAGACGAAUGGGCUAGUCUCGUUCAUGCGUGGCUCACCUUCGAGGUUAAAUCCCAUUACGAACCCGUUGCCGACCUCAGCACUACCCACCGCCCUCCUGCUGUGCGCGACUGGAUCCAGCGUGCACGUGCGCCGGCCUGGCGACCCAAUAUUCCCAAUGUAAACAAGUAUGCGGCAAAAUUCUGGCUGUGGUGGGCAGCGUUGCAACCCCGUUGGCGGCCCGGGAUGGACGAAGAUGGCGAACUCGUUACGAGUGCCGUGGAAGGCGAUUGGGAACCACUCAGGCGCCCUGGGGUAAAUGGUCUGUUGAGUGUCCUGGCGGCACUCUUCUUCUGGGGAGUAGUAGUGAAAGGGAAGCGCGCUGGGAGGGAUAAAUGGCUGCUAGCGGUGCAGGAUGUGAAGCUCGCAAUCGAGAAAGUCGGCGAAGCCGUUCCGCAAGUUGCGUCACCGUAA